AUGGACGGGACGGAUGCGUCGAAUUCCUUGCCUCUGCGUGGAACCGGUCACUCUGCUUCGGAUCUUGGAAUCAAAUCGACAGGCAAACUGCGAUCUGAUGGUCAGCCGAUGACAGAUAUUUGCCCGGGUGUGGACGCCUCUUGGACCUUGGACGAGGCGGAGAUCCAGUUCGAACUCCACCUAGCCGAACGUGAUAUGGAGUCCCGAUUCAACUGUGUAUUUGUUGUUGAUGACAGCCACAGCUUACUCCCACGAUUUCGGUCAAACAACUCCGGUCCUCCCCUCUGCAGUCAAAUUGAAUAG